AUGGCGUCAAAUCGGGAAUUCUUCAAUGAGAUUAUCAAUAACAUUGACGAUAUAUUUGUUCCCGAUGAUCUGCACAGCGCACGACGUGAGCUGCAGGAUGGAGAAAUCGCACGGACUUUGGAUCGUUGCUUCAGUGUCAUCACGGAGUCUGGGAAAUUGUUGAGUGGAUCCUCAGCAUCGGCAUUAUCGCAUCGAAAACCGUUAAGUGCCUCCGCCUUGCAACUCUCAGUCACAAGUUAUUUGAGUCGCUUUCUCAAGCGCAGCGUCUAUGAGAAAAUCAAACGAAGACAAACGCGACUCGAUCAUAAUUUAUUUGAUGUCCUGUGGCCGGCAAUGAGAAAGACUUCAAAAUUGAGACAUCUGGAGGAGGACAUCAAUUGUGGUAUUAUUGCGCCCGAUUUUGAUGUGUUCGUGGUGUUCCAGGAGUUUCUGGUGCCCUUCCUCAAGGACAUGCAUUGCCUGAACAUCGAUGCGGAUUUUAAGCCUCAUCAGAGACUUGCGUAUUUUCCCAUGGACAAUGGUGAACGUCUCAAUACGGCGGCGUUUGUCUUUGACGACGAAUCCCAGCUGGUCACACGUUGUAUUGUGGAGGCAUCUCGAAAUCUGGAUCAAUUGGAGUUGCCAUUAAAUUUGACAAUCGGCCAAAUCGAACAGGCCGAACGUGUCAUGAUGGGCAAAAUAUUUACAGCCAAUUUUGCCGAGGCAAUUGGAGAAACGGAAUCGGGCAGUUAUUAUACUUUAACGGAGUUGAUGGAACCCGACUCUGAGGUGGCCAGCAUGCUGCAUAAUCUGGGAUUGAUGAUUCCCUUGUUGGAUACCACAGAUUUGGUACAGGCUGCCGAAUCCACAGCUUUUAAUGGUGCACUUUGGCCUUAUGGACGUGGCGUCUAUGUAAACUCGGCUCAGAAUAUGGCUUUAUGGUUGAAUUGCCUCGAACAUUUGCGUGUCAUUUCGUCUAGCAGUGGCAAGGAGCCAGCGGACAUGGGAGCAGCUUAUACGAGGGUGGGCAGAGCAAUUUCUUAUCUGGAAACACAGCUGCACUUUAAGGAGAGUUAUCUACUGGGUUAUUUACAGUCUCGUCCAGCUUUUUUGGGCACAGGCCUCAAAAUGACAACGAUUGUCAAGCUGCCAAAUUUGAUGAAGGAACUGGAUAAUCUGCGACAUUUGUGCUCUGUUAGAGGAUUAAGUAUGGUCACCAAUCGACUUUCAAAGCUGACAGUCAGACUCAUAAAUAUGCAAAGCAUGGGAAUUGUGGAGCAUGUGCUGUUCCAGGACUAUUGCACGGCUGUCACCAAUAUAUUGUCCUUGGAGAAGGAUAUGUCGCUGACCAACUCAAAGCACAUAGCCACAAUGUUGGUUAAGAUCUUUAAGCGCAAAAAGAACAGCCUAAUCGAUCGCAACUGA